UUAUGUACUUCAUCUCGUGCACCUGCUCCGGAUCUCGACAGAAGCUGACCAAUCAGAGAACAGAGGCCGAUCGAUCCCAGACCAGCCUCUCUCCGUUAUAAGUUCUGAACAGAGCUCAUCUCCUCAUUAACUGGCACCGUGACACCGCCAAUAGCAGUAAAAUGAGCACAAAUCGCAGGAAGUUCCGUUCCCAGAGUCUGCCGAAUUGGAAUGAUGAUGACGACGAUAAGCUACACUACCGGUUGACCAUCAUGGGCGCAGCCGGUGUGGGCAAGAGCUGCAUCAUCUCCCAGUUCCUGUACGACCGCUUCAUCAGUGAGUACAAGGAGACCGUGGAGGAAUUCCAUCGCGGAGAGUACACCGUGGACGGACGCGAACUCAUUCUGGACAUUCUAGACACCGCGGGUGCACAUUCAUUUCCGGCCAUGCGCAGACUGGCUAUCUCGACAAGUGACGCUUUUGUGUUAGUUUACUCUAUAGACGACGAAUCAUCAUUUCAAGGGGUAAAAGACUUACGGGACAUUAUUUUAGCAGAACGUGGGGACAAACGUGUGCCAAUCGUUGUUGUUGGAAACAAAUCGGACAUAUCUAUGGAAAAAAGGGCGAUAAUGAAAGAAACUGCGGAAUCUAUUGUGUGUUUUGACUGGGGGAAUGGGUAUGUAGAGGCUUCCGCCAAAGACAGUAUUAAUGUUGUAGGAAUUUUCAAGGAAAUCCUCCGGCAAGCUAAUAUAGAGAUUAAUAAGACUCCUUUACCAAAGAGAAAAAGAUUUGCGUCAACUUCCUCUGAUGGAUCCGAAAUUUCACCAAGCCGAGAACGAAAUACUGGCUGUGUGAUUUCUUGAUAAAUGUUUGUUUUCAGCAUAAAUAAUUUGAUUUUAGAUGAAUAAAGAUCAAAUAUUGAA